AUGGAUACUGACGGAUUGCCACCCGUGUCGAGGCCUCCCAACGUCUCGGACUUCUAUAUCGGUGUAGAUGUCGGUACUGGCUCCGCCCGAGCUUGCAUUAUCGACCAGACGGGUGACAUCAAGGCCCUCUCAUCCAAAGACAUCCAAUUGUGGCAGCCCCAGACGGGAUACUAUGAACAAUCCACCACAGACAUAUGGCAGUGCAUUUGCGAAUGCGUUCGCCAGGUUGUCAGCGAAUCCAACGUCGACCCCAGUCACAUCAAGGGCAUCGGCUUCGACGCUACCUGUUCGCUGGCUGUUUUCUCCACUGACGCCGAUAAGCCUGUUACCGUCACUGGCCCAGGUUUUGCCAAUGAUGGAUCAGACCGCAACGUCAUUCUCUGGCUCGAUCAUCGACCGGUCGAAGAGACCGAGUUGAUCAAUAGCACCAAGCACAAGCUUCUCAAGUACGUUGGCGGUAAAAUGAGCAUCGAGAUGGAAAUCCCCAAGAUACUCUGGCUCAAGAACCACAUGCCAUCGGAUCAGUUCGCUCGCUGCAAGUUCUACGAUUUGGGCGACGCUCUUACUCACCUGGCUACUGGUGGCGAGGCCCGCAGCUUCUGCAGCACUGUUUGCAAGCAAGGCUACGUCCCUAUCGGCGUCGACGAUAGCGACAAGGGCUGGCAGCAAGACUUUUUUGAAACCAUUGGCCUCGGCGACUUGUCCAAGGACAACUUUGAGAGAAUGGGUGGCGUCCACGGCGUGAAUGGCAGAUACUUUAGCGCUGGUGAAUCAGUUGGCACGUUGAGCCGUCAGGCUGCGUAUCAGCUCGGACUUCCCAUGGGUAUUGCCGUUGGAAGCGGCGUCAUUGAUGCCUACGCAGGCUGGAUCGGCACCGUGGGAGCCAAGGUCGACCUAGGCGACGACGAACUCAACGCAAACGUACCUCACAACGAUCUCUCGCAAGCCUUUACUCGACUGGCUGCUGUUGCCGGCACCUCAACCUGCCACCUCGCCAUGUCCAGAGAACCCGUCUUCGUGCCCGGCGUGUGGGGCCCUUACCGAGAUGUCCUGCUCCCGGGUUACUGGCUCGCCGAGGGUGGUCAGUCGGCCACUGGAGAGCUGCUCCGUCACAUGUUGGAUAUACACCCCGCCCACAACGAGACCACCGCACUGGCCAAGGCCGAGAGCAAGUUCCUCUACGAUUACCUGAACUGUCACCUCGAGCAAAUGGUGGAAAAGCAGAAUGCUCCAGGCAUCCCCUACCUCGGCCGGCACUACUUCUUCUACGGCGACCUGUGGGGCAACCGGUCUCCCGUCGCGGACCCCAACAUGAAGGGAACCAUGAUUGGGCUCGAUAACGACAAGAGCACGGACAACAUGGCCCUGUGGUAUUAUGCUACCAUGGAGUUUAUCGCCAUGCAGACCCGCCAAAUCAUUGAACAGAUGAACAAGUCGGGGCACGAGAUUUCGUCCAUCUUCAUGUCGGGUUCGCAGUGCCAGAAUCCAGUCUUGAUGAACCUGCUUGCCACAACUUGCAACAUGCCAGUGUUGAUUCCGCAAUAUGUCCACGCCGCCGUCGUCCACGGCGCGGCUAUGCUUGGUGCCAAAGCAGCCAGUCACAACCGAGAUGACGGCUCCGAACCCGAGAGCCUGUGGAGCAUCAUGGACCGCAUGAGCAAGCGAGGCCGAUUGGUGGAGCCAGGUACCGACCAAGGCGAAAAGGCACUGCUCGACGCCAAGUACGAGAUUUUCCUCGACAUGUGCCAGUCGCAACAGUCGUACCGAAACAAGGUUGACAAGGCUGUCGAGAAGUGGGGUGCCGAAUUCGGCGGGUGA